UCCAGAAAGAAAGGGUCUAAAGACACAAGGAAGGACCAGUCCAGUGGGGCUUCCAGGGGCCUGCAGUGUCAGGAACCAGUCUACCCUCAGAACUGACAUCUCCCGGCGGACCAUGGAUCCCUGCCUGCUCCUGCUGCUGUUCCUGGUACUAACUGGUCAGGGCUCAGCUGACAACCAUCCCGAGGUGCUGCAGGCCCCCGUAGGGUCUUCCAUUCUGGUGCAGUGCCACUACCGGCUUCAGGAUGUGAGGGCUCACAAGGUGUGGUGCAGGUUCCUCCAGGAGGGCUGUCAGCCGCUGGUCACCUCAGCUGUGGACCGCAGAGCCCCAGGGAACAGGCGCACAUUCCUCACUGACCUGGGUGGGGGCCUCCUGCAGGUGGAAAUGGUAGCUCUGCAGGAGGAGGACACAGGGGAGUAUGGCUGUGUCGUGGAGGGAACUGCAGGGCCCCAGACUGUGCACACCGUCUCUCUGCAGGUGCUCCCCCCAGUUCCUGGCUCAGGAGAGGAGGAGGAAGUGGAGGAAGAGGAACAGGUCCAUAAAACGGGAAGUCUGCCUGAGGAGCCUUCCUUGGACCCUGAAGGUAGUGCCAGCCCUUGGGAGUUCAGCCGGUAUGAGAACAGUGUCCCUUUGAUCUGGGGUGCUGUGUUCCUGCUGGGCCUACUGGUGGCCGCUGUGGUGAUGUUUGCUGUCAUGGCCAGGAGGAAAGGUAGAGAGCUGCCCAUCCACCUAUCCCAGGGGAUGGACUGGCCUAGUAUCAACCAGUUUUAUAGAUGCGGCCAGGAGUCUAGGUGUAUUCCCCACACAAAGGAACUUCUCCCUCUGCCUCCCAAGAUUCUAAUGUCCUCUAAAUGACAUAUGCCAGUUGUUUUCCCUGGAGGGGACAGAGGUGAGGGAGCCUCCAGUGAGCCAGCCCAGGAUCUGCCUAGUGAUCAAGCCCCACCCAGCUAAAUGGUUCACCUUUACUCUGGGGACCACCUGUGUGGGGGAGUUCUCUGCAACUGUCCAACCAACUCUGCCCUAAAUACCCAGAGUAUGUAAGCAACUGGGACUUUGGGAUCUAAUCUAGUAUCUUGACUUUACAGACAGGGAGAGUGAUACUUAGAUAUGAGGUGUCUUGAGGAAGAACUCCACCC